AUGGGCUUCCACUAUGCUCAUAUCGUGGUCGACGGUGAGGUCUGUCCAGCAAUGCAACCAUAUGAAGUUGUUUUCCGUCGAUCACGCUACAAUCUCCAUACAAUAUCGUCGUGUUUAAGCGAACAAGCAUUGAGUUAUCGCAUUAUGAAGGUAGACCUUUUGCCAGCAGGCAGCCCGCCAAGCGUAGCAUCUCAAGGCUACCACUGCGCCGCAACCGUGUCAAAAUUUACAGAACAGUGUGCAUUGCACGAAACCAGCUUCUCAACAUCCCGAACAGAUGGUUGGUUGGUGAGAUCUGGCGUAGCGAUGAGCAAUCCGCAGAAUUUGGCUCAGCGUCUCAGUGCCAAGAGCUCGGACGAGUCAAUGCGGUCAGAGCAGACGCAUCGCAAGAAGCGUACCAUCUCGAAGAAACCACCACGCGCAGCACCCAAACGCCAGCAGCCCGCCAAAGCGAGCACAAUGGACCAGGGGCAAGAAUCGCGCCAGCAGGCUUGCACAUGGCUAGGAUCAGCGCGCCACGGCAUACAGACGGCCAUAGACUACAUUGACGAUGCACAGACAGGCUUCUGGCGGGCCAUGGUUGGCUACAAUCGAGCCGUUCAACGUCAGAACGGCAACGAAGCGACGGCAAAGUGGGUUGAAGUCCACGUGGAACUGGCAAGGAUGACAGCAGACGCCGAGGUGCUGCUAAAGUGCCAGCGCUUGGCUGGAGUGGCCUCGCAGUUGCUUGAGCUCGUAAACGGCCCUGAAUAGCGCGAUGAUGAUGGGACAGAAGUGGAUGGAGAAGCCGUGGGCGUGGGAAAGCCUGCUGGCAAUAUGGCGGCGAGGCAGCAGUUGAGUGGCAGGGGUGAGCGUAGGCAAGGCGGUGGGAGGGUGGUGGAUACGGAUUCUCUGUGUGAUAGCAUCCUCAUCCAGGCCGUCGCUUUAUGACAUGCCCCCACUUCUGCAUCAGCUUCCGUGUUGGUUUCUUGCUGCUUCGGGUGGCUGGCGCUGGACUGAAAGGCAGCUAUAAGUAGGCAUAUGCGGACGCAAUAGCGCUCCCCGGAGCUGUUGUAUAAACUGGGAGAUGUUGUUUUUUGUUUGAGGCUGCAUCUGAUGAGGUUGCACACGUCCGUCUAGCUGCUAGCAAGCAUACU